UACCUCGCCAACACGUGUCAAUUUACUCUCGGAACGUUUAUAAAUCUAGAAAGUGGCCAAUCGUUCAGCUUCUUCGUACUGUCAUUUUCAGACGCAGCUUAUAACGCGAAUCUGCCCGCAUCGCCGCCGUGUUUACUGCGAGGCCAAUCAGUCACCAAAAGAGAUGACUACACGUACACGUCGGGUAUCGGUGGCUACAAAGUUCACACGCGAGCGGUUCUAUGGAACGAAGCUCGAACCACUUGCGAAGAGGAAGGCGGGCAUUUGGCUAUCCUUAACUCCGCAGCCGAAGCAAAUGCGGUAACUCAGCUGUACAAGAAGUCGCCGGCAAUCAUUGGAUCACCUCUACCAGAAUUUGUUGGCAUUGGAUUUCACGACCUUUAUCGCGAAGGUCAAUACGUUACAAUUCACGGUCAGACGUUGGCGGAAGCUGGAUUCACACAAUGGCGGGCUCGAGAACCAAACAAUUCGUACAGAGGCAAGCCGGAAAAUUGCGGAGCCUUGGGCAAAACUGGGGGACUUAAUGAUAUUAGUUGCAAUAUUCCAAUUGGUUUUGUGUGCGAGCUGCCAACGUAUUCGAGGCUCAAGAAAGGUGUCAAGAUCAGUUACACUCUCCGAUACAUCUGGAUACCAGCAAUGGCGAUCAUCUUCGUUGCACUCCAAAUAUCGUUGUGUAUUACACUGACGAUGACACAACAACCUGCAUCAACUAAUCCUGUUGUAGUCUGGCUUUAUCAACCGACAAUAACAGUUAUUGUCUUGGAUUCGCUUAACACGUCGCUGCCACUCCACCAGGAACGGAAUCAGUCGGUUACCACCGAAAGUAACUAUACGUACGUUCCGGGAUUUGGUGCUUAUAAAGUUCACUUGCGACCGGUUUCAUGGAAAAAGGGUCGAACGACUUGCGAGGAGGAGGGCGGUCAUUUAGUAAUCCUUAACUCCCGCGCCGAGGCGAAUAAAGUUACUGAGCUUUUUAGAAAAGCGGAGCAAGCUGCUGGGCCUCUUCACUCACAUUUCUUCAGCGUUGGAAUUCAUGAUUUUGACGAAGAGGGCCACUUUGUAACUAUCGACGGUCAGACUUUGGUGAAGGCUGGCUUCAAUGAAUGGGCGCCCGGCGAGCCCAACAACCGCUACAAUAAUGAAAAUUGCGGGGCCUCAGACGUAUAUGCUCAACUCCUUGACGUUAAUUGCGAUAGUGCAAGGCGCUUCGUAUGUGAGCUGCCGAUCAACUGAAAAAAACACCGAGCAGGAGAUCAGUCUUCAAUAUUUGACGGUGUAAGAUCAACAGUCAUAAAUAUAUUAGAAUUGCUACUGAAGCGAAUGAUGUAAAGGUGGUAAAUAAAACGAUUUGGUCUCAAACAAA